AUGUCUUCUCCUGUUAUAAUUGGCUGCUGUGCUUCCUUCACUCUCACUGCAGGAGUCGUCCUGCUCAUAUUUGCGGCUCUCAUGUUUCACAAUAGCUGGACCUUUGAGGUCAUUGCAGCAAAACAGGAAUGGGAUCUAGUAGAGAAAGCGGCCUGUUGUCGCAAUGCUGGUCUCUUCUACAUGAUUCUCUCUUUACUGCUAUGGUUGUGGAUUGUUCUUGGAACUAUAUUAGGCAAGAAAAACAGCAGUCGAUGUCGAUUCUGGCCUUUUUCACAUUCGCCUAAUCUUACUGUUCUGGAUAUGGGAGGGGAUGAGUGGAGUAGUAGAAGUAAUAGUGAAUCUCAUCCAUUUCCUCGUGAGGUGGCACCGCUGUUGACAAAAUCCCCUCCAUCCUCACUUCCUUUUCACACUUCUUCUUACCAGUCAAAACAGACACAACCGCGCGAAGGGUUAUGGUAG